AUGUGGAAAUUAAUUAAUCGAUCAGCUUCAAGUGAAUAUGAAGAGCAGCCGGAAGACAAUUUAUUGGAUGAAACCGAAGGCCUCUGUUCUCUUUCCCCUUUACAGAGAUUGUAUGGAUUUGCUGCUUGUUUAGCAGCUGGGCUUGUUUGUGUGUUCCUGUCAUUGAUUGUUUUUGUCAAACCCAUCAAAUUUGCUCUGCUUUUUACCUUUGGCAAUGUGCUGGCUGUUGGAAGCACAGCCUUCCUUAUUGGACCACAGCAACAGCUAAGAAUGAUGCUUGAUCCUGUCCGUGUCUAUGCUACAGCAAUUUAUGCAGGGUGUGUUGUGUUAGCUCUCAUUUGUGCUCUUUUGGUACAUAGUAAGAUUCUAACAAUAAUUGCAAUCAUAUGUGAGAUCUGUGCCCUUGUUUGGUACAGUUUAAGUUACAUACCUUUCGCUCGCAGAGUGGUUUCUGAUCUAACUAUCCGUCUUUUUGACACCGAAAUCUAG